GACCGAAACUCACGCGGUUCAUCGUCACGUGACUCGGCGCUUCUCCGGCCGCAGCUAAACAUGGCGACGGCCGCUUCCUUGCUGCUCUCUCUCUUCAUUUGGCCGCUUCUUACGCGGCCAGCUUUUGCUUUCCUCGACCGAGGCGACACGUACCGUCGGAAGGUGUCUCUGGAGUUGAACCCAGGUUUAAACUCUUCACAUACUGCCCCUCUGGGUGUUAUUAAUCUGCUGCAUGUGAGGGCAACAGGGAACAACGACACCCUGCAUUUUAUCUUCUGCAGCCAGGGGGCGCCAGCAGUGCUGUUGGUCCACACCAACUCGUCCUCUUCCUCUUUGAAGGUGGACUGGCUUAAAUUUCUUUCAGGCAACCUCUCUGGCAGCCUGAAGAUAGAACCAGAAAAUAGUGUCCACUAUAGCAGUGCACUGGUCUUCACUAGACUGUGGGAGUAUGAUGACGUAAACGACACAGCGGACCCCACACAUCUGCCCCCCUCCAGUUUCUUUCCACCCUACGAGCUCCAGAACUUUACCUGGGAGGAUCUCAACAGAACCCUCAACUAUACAACCCACACCGCCCAGCUCUGUGGAAAGGGUCCCACGGAAAGUUUCCAUAAUGGCUCCUUCUGUCUGGGGUUCUCUGCCUUUGAGUCGGAGGGGCGUGGCCCGACUUGGCCUCGCCUACUUCACAACGCUAAUGCCUCUCAGGUGCGGUUCUGGCUAAAGGGAGUAACAGGGAGGUCCGGUUUCUCCCGCUUUGUUCUGGAGCUCCAGCACAUCGAUAGCAAAGAACUGUCAAGCCAAGUUGAGACACUGAGGUCCAUUGAUGAUGAGUACACGCCCUCCAUUUUCCAAGUGUCACAGUGGGUGUUUAGUCCCAUCAACUCUACUUCACCCAUUCUCGGAUACGUCCAGUGGAAACCAGUAGCUUACCGUACAGAAAGUCCCGUGCUUAAUGACGCCACUCCUUGUCGGCACUCGCACCUCAUGCCCAUGGACCAGCUGCCCGCCUCUGACCUUGUCCUGGCAUAUUUUGGCGAUGGUUACAGUGCCCACGGGCUUAACGUGACCUUCAGCAUUGCGGGAGACCCUUUCUACAACGCCACUGACUACCUCAGCUGGACCGUCUUGGUGGGUCUCGGCUCACCUCCCACCGAGUCCUUCUCAGCCCUGGUUAUAGGCAUCAUGGCUCUGGGGCUGGGCAUUCCCCUGGUCCUCAUCCUCCUGGGUGGGGUGUUCGUGUGCGUCCGCAAGCAGCGCUCUGUCCCACAGGGCUAUGAGCCAAUCAACUAACAGCCAGGCUGCGUGACUUUGUGGAGGCCUGCUUCCCAUUGGACGUCCUCGCAUGCAGGUCUGAGGACCAGCCUAUCUGACCACUGUACCUUCCAGCAAUAGAAAAGAGUCAUGGGUCCAUAGCUGCACCCUGAUUUACGCUGUUUCGUCGUCUUUUUCAUUUAACACUGCCAGUUCCUGCACUUUAGAUAUCUGCUAAGAGGUAUCCAUUAACAUAAUUUUCAAGAGCACAGUGUGUGAAAAGCAUGUCAUAGACCUGUUUGAGUUCAGUGUACAGCAACUAACAUGUGGGCUUUGUUGCAAUUUUUAAAUUCUAGAUUGCUUAGGAUGGUAUAAUGUUAGUUUCUGGUCUCCAGUUAAGCCAGGAAUAAGAGGGAUUUUAAGAGUUUAUCUUAAUUUUUCUACUUAAGGAGUUUGUUGCUCAGAUAGAAGGAUACAGUUUGUACAGGAAAUGACAGAUUUCAAAUGGACUUUUGCUAAUCUAUUUUAAAGGUUUUGAAUAUAGGUUAUAAAGGAGUGAACUGUUUGUUUCCAAUGGAAUAUUAAUAAAUUGAAAUAUAUUUUUGCUCCGAGCUGGUGCUUAUUCCUGUAUAUUAGCAUUUUGUUCAUUAUGAUCUUGGUAAAUAUUACUUUAAUGUACUAAAUAUUGCUGUUGCAGAAUAAAGCGUUGUUUAGAGUAUUGGAGAAGUCCCUGUUGCUUUGAGUUCUGCUUCCCUCACCCCCCAGCCCCCCCCCACACCAACCAGCACAGCCAAGACUUGCUGUAGCAUCUGCCUGGUCACAUCUAUGGUGGUGGAAGAUAGAACAAUUUUUAAAAAGAAUGUUUGUUACUUCAAUGUUGUUGUUUAUGUUAAAUAUUGGUCAAUGAUCACUCUUUGUCAAUCAAAAUUCAAUAAUUGCUUGCUAAAAUUAAUCAAAUAAUACAAAUUUACUCUGGUUUAAUUUUCACAAAAAAGGCAAAUUGGCCUGUGUUAAAUGUGAGUAAUUCAUUAAAGAUCACGUCUAGCUAAAUCACAUUAACCUCAAAAUAUUGCUUCUUUUUCAUUUUUUUCAGCUAGAAAUGCAUUUAUGUAACCACUAAAGCCUGCAAAGAAUUGUUAAAUAUGUUUUACCCUUUCAAAAAUGUUCUAAAAAAUGUUAUGUUUUUCUCAGCAGCCCCUGGAAAUAUGCUGCUUGUAAUUGUGUGUGUAUAUAUUCUCAUCCUUUCAUAUUAAAUUUUCCUCCGUUUUCUAGAAA